AUAAAUCGGUUUUUGGAGAUUCUUUUAGUAAGUGAAGUUAACUCAGGGAACAGAUACAGGGUGUUUCAAGAUGACUGUGACAAUACAGGAUCUACCCUGCUGCACUAUGCAGCAGAGCUUGGCUUUUUACAAGUCACCAAAACACUUGUGAGGAAGUAUCCUCAGCUGAUGACCAUGACAACAAAAGAUCAGUUGGAACCUGUGAAGAAAAGAGCCAUGUUACCAGUGGAAUUGGCAAUAGAAGCAGAGAAAGACCAUGUAGCUGCUUUUUUGAUCAGAGUAAUUUCUAAUGAAAGUAUUCAAACCUUAUUUUCUUGGACACCAGGCAAAGUAACCAAUCCUAAACCAUCGGUCUUCAGUUUCAAGGCAAUUAUUGAGAACCCCAAGAUGACGAAAACAGUAGUGGCUGUAUUAGACCAGAUGAUGAAUCCUCAGUGGCCAUAUCUUCCCCAGCGACAAGAAAACUAUGAAACUGAAGAGAAGAGGGAAGCAAUUGAAGGAGUCUGGAAUACAAUUUCAGAUGAUCCACUGAUCUAUCAUUUUUAUUAUCACAUUUUGGAUGGAGAUGAAGGUGGACGACCCCCAAAGAUUUUGGCUUCUGAUGGACACCAGCAGAUAGAGAACAAAUAUUUUAACUGGAGAGGGGAUUCUUGUUUACAUGCGAUUGCAAAGAGCAACAACAAGGAGGCUUUGCAACAUCCUGUGGUCAGAAUGUUGAUCAAAACAAAAUGGAGAAGUUAUGGGCACUUUUUCCUCAGCCUUCAAGCAGCAUUGUUAUGCAUCUUCUUGCUGUUCAUGUCAUAUUCUCUGCUGCAUGCUUCUACCAGAUGGGACCCCACCCAGUACAGUGGUGCACUGGACUCGCUGCGUGGAUUCUGUGAGGUUUUUACCCUACUUAUGGUUGUUUUCUACAUCUCUCAAUGGAUGGUGACAUCUUUGGCCUUCUUGUUCAACUUCAUGAGGAUCUUUAAGUUUUCAUGUGUGUCAAGGACUACAGGAUUAUACACACAAACCUUGGCCAAGAUUAUUUUACAUGACGUCACACGAUCCAUGGCAGUUUUUGUCGUGAUCUUUUUCUCUUUCUGUGGUGCAUUGACUUUAUCACUCUGUUACUCCGGAUCCAGGGAAAACCAGGAACUUCGCAGUGGUUUUGGAGACGUCUUGUUGAGCGGGUUUCGUGCUCUGUCCGAGCAGUAUCCGAUGGUGGAAGAUUACGCUACAUUCAAGGUCUAG